AUGCCCCCGUUCAGGGUGAUCAUUGUCGGCGGUAGUGUCGCAGGCCUAACACUAUCGAACAUGCUGGAGGCGUACGGCAUAGAUUUCGCAGUCUUGGAGAAACAUGAAGAUAUCGCGCCCCGACUCGGAGCUGGAUACGCAAUGAUGCCGUACGGUGCUAGAAUCCUCGAUCAGCUGGGCUGUUACCAUGCACUGGAGAAGUUGAGCUCGCCUGUCAAUUCUGUGUCUGGUUUCGAUGAAAGGGGAAAGAGGUGUCUCCACCUAUCCCAGCUUGGAGCUUGGAUGGAGAGCAGUUUUGGGUACAAGAUGAGAUUUUUGGAGCGACGGCAGAUCACCCAGGUUCUUUACGAUAACCUGCGCGACAAGUCAAAAAUUCACACCUCCUGCGAGGCAUUAGAAAUUUGUUCAACCGAUACUGGGGUCGAAGUUGAGACCAAUGGACAGGUGUUUCGGGGCGAUGUUGUUGUCGGUGCGGACGGCGUCCAUAGCCCUGUGCGCCAGGAGAUGGAACGCCUAGCUCUAGCCGAUGGAAAUGGUGAACUAUUUCGGAACGAAGACGGUGGGUAUUGA